UGGCAGAUCUCAGCUGAAAAAAAUUGACAUAUUUUUACUUUGUUUGCACGUAUACACUGAAAGAAAACAACAAAAUUAUGUAGCAGUUCACUAACAACAAGAAUUUUUCAGUGAAGCAGUAUGGAUCCGUAUCGUAUGACCGACAAUAACAAUUCGUUUCCGUCUGUGAUAAACUUAAAUGUGGGAGGAAAAAUAUUUGCCACUCGUCUGUCAACAUUGCUGAAGUACCCAGAUUCAAUGCUAGCUGUGAUGUUCAGUGGUCGGCAUGUCAUUGACAAAGAUAGUGAUGGAAACUACUUCAUUGACAGAGAUGGUACUCAUUUUAACCACAUUUUAAAUUUUCUGAGAAAUGACCAGGACUUACCCCCUGUUGCACUUGCAGAAGCAGUUUUACAAGAGGCUAUGUAUUAUGGGAUUACACCACUUAUUGACACCCUAAAGAACUCACCUCCAUUAUUUGCAGAAUAUGUUGUCCGGCAAAACAUCCGUGAUAAAAUUCAAGAUUACAGUGCUGUUAAAGCAAAAUUAAUAGACCUUGCUAGAGAACAGGUGGUAGAGAGUGGUGCCAUAAUUUCAAUGGUCAGGGUUGCUACUACCAAAAAUCAGCCAAUUCCUAGGGACCUGCAAUUUUCCAAACAAGUAUAUAAACAAUACUACAGAAAGUUCCGAACAUACAAGUCUUUCGAAUCCUGCUUUGGCAAAUACCAUCUUCAUAUUCCAUGUGAAAAUAUCAAAGGGUUACCUAGUGUUGUGAUGGAUAUUCUUGCAAGCUGUUUGAGCUAUGACUUAAAUAAAGAAGGCUAUCGCUGUGCCCACUCUGCAGAGGGAAUUCACGAUGAAGAACAUAAGCUGAAGACCAUAACAUGGUCAGAUGAUGAAUUUCAUGUCUGUACUAGUUGUCAUGUUUUUCGUUUUGAUUGGCUGGACACGUCACUCCAGUUUUAGAAUAUUUUAAUUGUUGAAAAGGUUGUUUUUAAGAAAAUCAGAGUAACUGCUUAAGAUUUCCGUGUAUAAAUCUUUUUUUUAGAAUACAAGACCUGUUUGAACAUGUAAUUUGUUACAUUAUUACACAGGCUUAUAUUCACCUUUAGCAAAAGUCAGUGAAACGUAAUUUUGACAGGCCACAGGGUUUACUCAGUCCUUCAAAUAAUCAAAAAUUAAUACAUGUAGUCUUGGUUUUAAGGAUGUAUUACCUGGUAUAUCAUAUUGUACAAUACAUGAGUAAAUACAAUUUAUUAUACUGCUUUAAAUGUACUUUAAACAGAUUUUUCAUUAUCACCAUGAUUGCAUACAUGUAAAUAAAUUUUACUGUGAGAAUUUAAUACAUGUACUAGUAUCUAUUUUGCCCUAUCUGUGAUGCUUACAAUACUCAUUCUUCCAAGUCUUAAAUACAGUUGUUUAAGUAAGUCAUGUAUAUUUAACAUUUUUGUUCUGAAUAGAGGGCAUUGCAUAUCUUUUUUACAACUAUUUUGCUUGAAAAAUGUUGGCUUACAGCCACCUCAACUGCAUCCAGAACAAUGACCAUGUGUAUGUGUAAAACUAUUGAAACAUUUUUCUCAUGAUUAGGAAGUAAAAUUAUCAGAUGAUGAACUUCUGUGUAAAAUAAGCAUUAUUUCCUGCAUGCUCCCUUUUGUUCAGUCUUUGACUUAGACUUGGAUAAGUUUUGAUGCACUGAAUUUUUAAAUGAUUGAACUUGUUCCUAAUUAAAUGUUUAGGAAAAUUCCUGUCAAGUUUUCUGUGUGUAAUUAUUAACUGUGUGUUGUACCAGAUAAGUCAUUUUCUGUACUGUUAAUGGUAUGGUAUCAAUACUGUUACAAGUACAUGUAUAACAUGCUUCAAUACUUGAAUUGUCCUUACAUGCAAAAUAUUUACACACAAUAUAGCAAAUAUCUUGUACCUUCAUAAACCAUAAGCUGUAUUCUAUCAUAAAUUCAACCAACAAGUCAAUUAUUAUCUGGCUUGAAUGAAAGGAAACCCAUUACACUGACUUGUCAAGCAAUUUGGUUCUCACUGAAGGUUUGUUCUCAUCAUGUUUUACACAACUUAAAUGUAACUUCUAUUAAUUAACAAAUAAAUCUUUGGGUGAAAAUUGUUUUAUGAUUGCUAUUAGGAAGUUUUAGAUAUCUUGUGUGUUUUUCUUGGUUUAAAUGUAAAAAUAUCAAUGGAUAUUUGAAUUUCUCAAAAAUUGCAACAUGCAUCUUUUCCUUGCUUUGCACAUCCAGACCAUCUCUAUCUGAGACUGAUUAGAUCUCAUAUUUGUUAUGAAUUGUCCUAGAGAUUAAUAAAACCUACAUACCAGUA